AUGCUAACAGAAGCGUGGAAUUUUCCAAAAUCUUUCACUUUCUUACUCUUGAAGCUUCAGAGGGCCUCUGCGAAGCACAACAACACAAACCUCGUCCUCUACCGCAUGAGCCACAAGAUAAUCAACCCGUCGACCUCUGUUGCUCCUGCAAAUGCGGCAGGUUCCACUGGCUACGACUACACUAUUGGCCCGCAGCAGACGCUGCCCAAUACAUCUGCACAGUCCGUAGCGAGCACCCUGGCUGGCACACGCUCAGUGUAUCAUGAGUCGCUGCAUCCGGGUGCGCAUGGCUCGCAUGUCUCGGUGGCUGCGUACGCCUUUUUGUUUCAGGAAAUGGUUUCACAAGCUCGAAACGCGAGCAAAACUGUCUCGGAGAUCGAGCUGAGGCUACAUCGGCACGGCUACCACAUCGGGCUGCGAUUGCUUGAGCUGCUAAAGUUUCGUAGUAGUGUGACACCUGGUUCCGGGCGUAGCUUCUUUCACAAGGCCGGCGGGCCGGCGGCGGCUACCGCGGGCGAUGCCGCAAGUGGGGCAGGCAAUGCCUCGGGAGCCGUUGGCGCUAGCGGCGCUAGCAGUCUAGGUAACGCACAAGACGAGUCACUGGCCAGCAACAUUACAACCAUGAAGCGCCGCGAUCUGCGACUUCUGGAGGUUUUGCAGUUUGUCCAUGGCCCAGUUUGGCGCUACCUCUUUGACCGUGCCAGCGACGACCUAGUGAAGUCUUCAGAGCGCGAAAACGAGUACAUGAUCAUCGACAACACGCCCUCUAUCACACGCUUUAUUAGCUCCACUAAUGUUCAGUGUGAUUUUUUUGUGUGUGGAAUCAUUGAGGGCGUUUUAGACCUUGCUAGCUUUCCUUGCACUGUAACGGCGCACUCGGUACCAGAAGACAAGUUCAAUAGGCGAGUAGUAUUUGUGAUUCGCUUUGACCAAGAAGUAUUGGAACGUGAGGCGCUGCGGUUCUGA